AUGACUGACGUCCAGAAGCCUCCAGGCUUGAAGCCUGACCUGUCGAAAAAGCUGGCCGAGCUGCGUGCCGGCAGCAAAAGACGUGCAGCGAACCAGCAGGACCCGCCACCUGCAACACCGAUCCUACCUCCUCCUAUCGAUCUCUCCUCGCAUACAUAUACUCAACCCACUCGCCGCAUCCUCUCGCCAAAAGACCUGGAAUUAUUCGCCACCUCGCCCGCCUACAAACUUAUCCUUGCCUUUGUUUUCGGGUUAUCUGACAGAGUCCGCGGGCGGGCUGUCACGGACUUGAAAGACGCGCCAGUGCCGGACAAUGUGCAGAAGAUAUUGCAAAUAGUUACGCUACUCGAAACCUUGGUUGAAAAGAAUCCUGCAAUCGACCAAGGUGGCUCGCGCUUCGGCAAUCCGGCCUUCCGCUCGCUCUUCGACGAUACUGCGGCACAAAGCCCAGCAUGGCACCGCGAAAUUCUCGGGAUCCAGGACUCAGCCGCCGUCGAGGAAGUAUCGACUUAUCUUAUCCACUCGCUCGGAUCUCGCGACCGAUUAGACUAUGGAUCCGGACACGAACUCAAUUUUAUGAUGUGGCUGCUGUGCUUGUAUGAACUGCAGCUCAUCUCGGUGACGGAUUUCCCAAUGCUUGUGUUCAAGGUGUACUACAGCUAUAUGCAUCUCAUGCGCCACAUCCAGACGACAUAUUACCUCGAACCGGCGGGCUCCCACGGUGUCUGGGGUCUCGACGACUACCACUUCCUCCCCUUUCUCUUCGGAGCUUCCCAGCUCGUGGAACAUCCUUACAUCACACCCCUCGCCGUCCACAAUAGCGCGGUUCUCGACGAGGAGGGCGAUAAAUAUUUGUAUCUGGAUCAAGUGCGUUGGGUGGACAGUGUCAAGACGGUCAAGGGUCUCCGGUGGCACAGUCCUAUGCUAGACGACAUUUCUGGCGCCAAGAACUGGACCAAGAUUGAGAGCGGGAUGAAGAAGAUGUUUGUUAGAGAGGUGCUCGGCAAAUUGCCUAUUAUGCAGCACUUUCUAUUCGGCAGCCUGAUCCCUGCUACGCCCGAGAUGGGCCAAACACGGCCGGAAGAGGCAGAGGAAGCGGCACACGCUGAUGGAACACCGCAUCGGCACGACCACACCCACAGCGAUGAUUUCUGGGGAGACUGCUGCGGCAUCAAAGUGCCUAGCACUAUUGCUGCGGGCGAGGAGAUGCGCAAACGUAUGGGCGGCGGGGGUCUGCGGCCAAUACCAUUUGACUAG